CCCCCCUCCGGUGGCCCCCCCCCGGUCCCCGGUGCCCCCCCCCGUGUUGGGGCGGCCCCGUGACGGUCCCGGACGUCAGCGGGGCGGGGCGGCGGCGGCGCCGAGCGGAGCGGUGCGGAGCGGAGCAAAGCGCAGCGGGCGCUGCACCGGAGCCAGGAUGCCCCCCCCGCUGCCUGCCUCCAUCGAUAUCCGGGAGCCCCGCUGGGACCAGAGCACGUUCCAGGGCCGUGCCAAGCACUUCUUCACCGUCACCGACCCCCGCAACCUGCUGCUCUCGGGGGCCCAGCUGGAGGAGGCUCGCCGCCUGGUGCACGACUACCGGGCUGGCAUCGUGCCCCCGGGGCUGACCGAGGAGCAGCUGUGGCGGGCCAAGUACAUCUACGACUCGGCCUUCCACCCCGACACGGGCGAGAAGAUGCUGCUCAUCGGGCGCAUGGCAGCCCAGGUGCCCAUGAACAUGACCAUCACCGGCUGCAUGCUGACCUUCUACAGGACCACGCCGGCCGUGGUUUUCUGGCAGUGGGUGAAUCAAUCCUUCAACGCCAUCGUCAACUACACCAACCGCAGCGGGGACGCCCCCAUCACCCCCAGCCAGCUGGGGACAGCCUACGUGAGUGCCACCACCGGAGCGGUGGUCACGGCAUUGGGGCUCAAGGCUCUCACCAAGCACCUGCCAGCCAUCAUCGGGCGCUUCGUGCCUUUCGCAGCCGUGGCCGCUGCCAACUGCAUCAACAUCCCGCUGAUGAGGCAGAGGGAGCUGAAGCUGGGCAUCCCCAUCACGGACGAGAAUGGGAACCGCCUGGGCGAGUCGGUGGCAGCGGCGCAGAAGGCGAUCCUCCAGGUGGUGGUGUCCCGCAUCGGCAUGGCAGCCCCGGCCAUGGCUAUCCCCCCCGUGAUCAUGAACGCCCUGGAGAAGAGAGCCUUCCUGAAGCGGUACCCGUACCUCAACGCCCCCCUGCAGGUCGGCCUGGUGGGACUCUGCUUGGUGUUCGCCACCCCGCUGUGCUGCGCGCUCUUCCCGCAGAAGAGCUCCAUGCAGGUGAGCCGCCUGGAGCCCCAACUCCAAGCUGGGAUCCGGGAGAGGGACCCGCAGCUGCAGACCGUCUACUUCAACAAGGGGCUGUGAGCUGGGAGCGGGGCUCCCCACGGGGCUGCUGCGUCGCUGAGCUUUACCCUCAGAGCCCCCCGGGGACACCGCUGCUGCCCCUUGGCUGUCCCCUGUCCUUCUGUCCCCGUGCUCGCCCCCCCGGGGCGUAGCUGAGCCCCCGAACAAACCCAGAGGGGCGCCUCCCACCCCGGCACCUCCCCGGCGCUGUCCCCCUGAGCUGGUUUGCUCCUAUCCCUGCUGCUGUGGGGCUGUCCCCAAGGCCAGCAGCCACAGCGUCACUGUCCCCAGUGCCAGGAGGAGGGGAAUAAUUCCCUGGUGACGUGUGGCUGGCAGGCAGAGGUGCCAGGGGCUGGGGGAGAGGCUGCAGCGGCGCUGGGCGCUGGCACAGGCGCGGGGCACGGCACGGUCACGCCGUCCUUCCCAAGGACAGGGCCAGGGGGGCCCCGUGUGCCACUGCGGGCACCCACGGAGCAGAAAUGUCCCCGUUCCCUGCGUGUCACCGUGUGGAAGCCCCAUCCUGCGUGGGGGGAGGCAAAUAUCCCCGUCCCCGUCCCCAUCCGUGGUGCCAGCGCCAAGAAACUUUGUGCGCACCGGGGCGGGGGCACCCCCAGGGGUGCUGCAGGGCUGGAAGCUGGCACGCAGCACGAGUUAAUCUCGGCAGAGCCCCCGUUUUAUUCUCUUUGUGAUGCCCUCUGUGCUCCCCCAAGGGGUUACCCUACAUCCUCCUUCCCAGGCGGACCUCCUCCAGUGGCUUUAAGCACCCCAUGGUUUCCCCCGGUUGUUUUUUACACUACAGACUCUGUACCUACACCCACCAAAUAAUAAAGACAGGCUGUUUAUACAAAACCAAAAGCGAA